UCAAAUUUUCAUAUUGACAUUUUCCCAAAUCGAAUACUGUGUCGGUUGUUUGUUUAGUUUUAAUACAUUAUUAUAAUUCAUAUGAAUUAAUAUAGUGCACAUAGUUUAAUUUGUACGUGAACUAAUAAUUUAUGUGACACGAUCAUUGCCUAAGUUCAAACAUUCAGUUAUGAUUACUAUAUUUUUGUCGGCUCGAUAAAUAUAAAGAUACAGUUACAUACAUUUUAUUAAAUAUUACAUUAAAUAAAUCACAUACUUUUUUGUAACUCAAGUCGAGAUAACAAGUCAAGAUUAUGAAAGUUGUAAUUAUUCUGCUAACAUUUUAUUUCUACGAAACGAGAUGUGACCCGAAUAUUCCCAUUGUUAUCACUACAUGGCAUUUUACAAAUUCUACAAUCAAAGCAUGGGAUGUACUGAGUAAAGGAGGUUCAUCAUUAGAUGCCAUUGAGAAAGGUGCUACAGUAUGUGAGGUACAACAGUGUGAUGGAACAGUUGGCUUUGGUGGCAGUCCUGAUGAAGAUGGUGAGACCACACUUGAUGCACUCAUCAUGGAUGGGAGAACUAUGAAUGUUGGUGCAGUUGGUGCUUUACGAAGAGUCAAAAGUGCAAUAUCAGUUGCUCGCCAUGUCUUAGAAAACACCAAGCAUUCAUUCCUUGUGGGAGAACUGGCAACUCAGUUUGCUUUGCAAAUGGGCUUUAAAGAAGAAUCACUAGUUACUCCUGAUUCUAAGAAGUUAUGGAUGAGAUGGCACAAUGAAGACCAUUGUCAACCAAAUUUUUGGAUGAAUGUGCAACCAAAUCCAAAUGAAUAUUGUGGUCCUUAUAGGAAUUUAGAUACACUCGUUAAACAUAGGAAACCUCAGAAGAAAACUAUGAUAGUUGACAGAUUCAACCAUGACACUAUUGGUAUGGUGGCCAUAGACAAAAAUGGAGAUGUAGCAGCGGGUACCUCUACUAAUGGUGCAAAAUUUAAGAUUCCAGGGAGGAUUGGUGACUCUCCAAUACCUGGAUGUGGUGCGUAUGCUGAUAAUACGGUCGGUGGGGCUGCAGCAACUGGUGAUGGUGAUGUCAUGCUGAGAUUCCUUCCUAGUUUUCUAGCCGUGGAGGAAAUGCGAAGAGGGGCGUCCCCUAACAGAGCUGCGCGGACAGCUAUUGAAAGAAUAGCGUCACAUUACUCGGAUUUCUCAGGAGCAGUUAUUGCUCUAACCAAUGAUGGCGAAUAUGGUGCUGCCUGCCAUGGAAUAAAGUCGUUUCCAUAUGUAGUCCAAGACAAUAAUCGUGAGAUGAGCGAAGUUAUUACCAUUAACUGUUCCUGACAUGAUUAUUAAAAAUAAAUAAA